AUGACGACACUGAAGUCUGAAGACUCCAACUCUCCAAGGAAAAUUUAUCUAGCCCACUACGGUCGCAUUUAUUUUCCGAGAAAGGCCGAGAGCUCACGGCUUUUCAUUUCCCAGUGUACCCGUGUGCAGAAAUGUUCUUCGAGCGUUGCGAUCCCUGUAUCGGCCAUUCUCUCGGUCGCAUGUGUCAAAACUGGCAGGUCAACGGUGUAUAGUAAGCUUAUCUCAUCGAGCACAAAGGCCGAUCGCGAUGAUAGAUCCAAUUUCUCGGAGCGGAACGUGGACUGCGAGCGUCGAGCUUCCAAGGGCACAAUUUCUUCCGGCCGAUUGCCGGCCGGGCUAGAGCCUUGA